AUGUCUGAAUUGAAAAUUAAAGAAGGGUUGGCCAAGAUGUUGAAAGGUGGGGUUAUCAUGGACGUUGUGAAUUUUGAACAAGCCAAAAUUGCUGAAAAGGCGGGUGCUUGUUCCGUCAUGGCUCUUGAGAGAAUCCCUGCCGAAAUGAGAAAGUCGAACCAAGUUUGUAGAAUGUCUGAUCCUCACAUGAUCAAGGAAAUCAUGGAAAAUGUCCAAAUACCGGUUAUGGCCAAAGUUAGAAUUGGUCAUUUUGUUGAAGCUCAAAUCUUGGAAGCCUUGAAGGUUGAUUACAUUGAUGAGAGUGAAGUUUUAACUCCAGCCGAUACUGUUGACCACAUUGACAAGAGCAAGUUCAACGUCCCAUUUGUAUGUGGUGCGAGAAAUUUGGGUGAAGCCUUAAGAAGAAUCAAUGAAGGUGCUGCCAUGAUUAGAUGUAAAGGUGAAGCUGGUACAGGUGAUAUUUCAUCUGCUGUUGACCACAUCAAGACCAUCACCAAAGAUAUACAAGAAGCAUGUAAAUUAAAGACUGAUGAAGAGAGACAAGCUUUGGCUAAGGAAUUGAGAGUUCCAGUUGAAUUGGUAAACACCGUUGUGGAAUUGAAAAGAUUGCCAGUCGUUACUUUUGCUGCUGGUGGUGUUGCUACCCCAGCAGAUGCUGCUUUGUUGAUGCAAUUGGGGUGUGAUGGUGUAUUCGUUGGUUCCGGUAUUUUCAAGUCGCUGAACCCUGAAAAACUUGCUACUGCUAUCGUCAAUGCUGUCACUCAUUAUGAUGACCCACUCAAGUUGUUGGAAUACUCAACUGACUUGGGUGAUUUGAUGCCAGGUAUCUCAGUAGACUCCAUCAAGGAGAACGAAAAAUUGGAAAAGAGAGGUUGGUAA